AAGUGGUCGGAUCUUGCCGGAAAAGCAGACCUUCACGUGUUUCCGCUCACAAUGGCAGGCCGCAAAGAAUCCGCCGCUUCUGCGUCUAAUUCACUGGAUUCACCGGUUAAACUGAUCCAGCUCGAGGGGCUGGUGGUGUUGAAGAUCAUUAAGCAUUAUCAGGAGGAGGGUCAGGGCAGUGAGGUGGUUCAGGGUGUUCUGCUCGGGUUGGUGGUGGAGGACCGUCUGGAGAUCACAAACUGCUUCCCUUUUCCCCAGCACACUGAAGACGAUGUCGACUUUGAUGAAGUUCAAUACCAGAUGGAGAUGAUGAGGAGCCUGCGUCACGUUAACAUCGACCAUCUUCACGUGGGCUGGUAUCAGUCUACAUUUUACGGCUCUUUUGUCAGUCGAGCGCUGCUGGACUCUCAGUUCAGUUACCAGCAUGCCAUCGAAGAGUCUGUGGUGCUUAUUUAUGAUCCCAUCAAGACGGCGCAAGGUUCUCUGUGUCUGAAGGCUUACAGGUUAACCCCCAAACUGAUGGAAAUCUGUAAGGAGAAAGAUUUCUCACCUGAGGGGUUGAAGAAGGCCGCCGUUGGAUUCGAGCACAUGUUCGAGGAGGUCCCCAUCACCAUCAAGAACUCCCAUCUCAUAAACGUGCUCAUGUGGGAUCUUCAGGAGAAGAGUACGGUGGCCGACAAACACGAGCUGCUCAGUCUGUCUAGCAGUAACCACCUGGAAAAGAGCCUCCAGCUCCUCAUGGACCGCGUGGACGACAUGACCCAAGACAUUGUUAAAUUCAAUACAUACUGCCGCAACAACAGCAAGCAACAACAGCAGAAGCAGCAGUAUCUCCAGAGGAGACAGCAGGAGAAUGCUCAGCGUCAGAGUCGUGGAGAGCCACCGCUUCCAGAAGAAGACAUCGUCAAGAUGUUUAAACCUCCACCUCCUCCCGCACGCAUGGACACGCUUCUCAUCUCAGGACAAAUCAACAACUACUGUCAGAACAUUAAGGAGUUCACCUCCCAGAACCUUGGCAAACUCUUCAUGGCAGAGGCCCUGCAGGGCCACAACAGCUAAAGAGAGAGUGCCAAGACAGAGGAAGAGACGAGACAAAGCGAGGAUAGAGCCAAACCAUCUGCCUUUUUCAUCUCUGAAGAGCAAAAGUAUAUUCAUGAUGAGCUUUGGGGAGAAUCAUGUACCGUUUUUUGCCAUUUGUACUUGUACGAGGCCAAUAAAAGCGGACACAUCUCUC